CUGUCAAAUGUCAACAACUUCAAACGAUGUGCGACGCCGGUUGCGUUUAAAAACCAAAAAUAAUGUUCCCAAAAUCUGCGCCAAUGCCUUGCGGCCGGCGCAAGCCUGAGCCAUGGUGGGGUUCCAGCAGCAGGAGUCUCUGAGUCCGAACCAGAAGAUCCUGGCCGGUGUGGUCUCCGGGACCGUGACACGCUUCGUGACGCAGCCGCUCGACGUCGUGAAGAUCACCACGCAACUCACCAGGAUCAAGUCAGACAAGGUCACCUCGUACAAAGUAGCCAGGUAUAUUUGGCGGAAAGAAGGCCCCCCUGCUUUCUUCAAGGGUCAUAUUCUGGGACAGAUCCAUUCUAUUUUGUUUGUGAGCACCCAAUUCUAUGUCUUUGAAGUCACCACUAAAUAUUGCUAUACACACCUUGGCGACAAACACAAGCGCAUCCAAGAGUUCUGCUGUGGGCUCUGCUCUGGGUGCCUUUCGACGGUGGCGGUCAUGCCGGUGGAGGUGGUGCGAGUGAGACAGAUGAUAGUGCGCGACGGCCGCUACAGGGGGCUGGCGGGGGGGGCAAGGGCGGUGUACAGAAGAGGGGGGGUGCUGGCCUUCUAUGAGGGGCUUGGCGCUUCCUUGCUGCAGAUCGGCCCAACAGUAGGCAUCGCCUUCUCAACAUUCACGUUCACCCAGAAGAAGAUGCUGCGGUACCUGAAGGAGCGCGGGGGGGCUCCGGAGCGGGCUGCCCUGGCGAGGGGGAACCUGCAUCGCGCGGACCACCUCCUCUACGCCAGCGUGGUGGCCGGCAGUCUGUCGGGGCUGGUCUCCAAGACCCUCACCUACCCCAUGGACUUGGCUAAACGGAGGAUGCAAAUCGCUUCGCAUCCAGGAGCCGAGGACAGUCCAAAGAAGAAGCUGAUCAGGUGCCAGGCCACCAUAUGGAACUGUCUGACGACUGCCUUCAGGAAGGAGGGUCUCAGAGGCCUCUACCGGGGCUGGUCGGUGACUAUCUACAAGGCGCAACUUACGAGCGUCAUCGCCUUCACAACCUACGAGCUUGUGUGCUACGGAAUAAGGGAUGCAAUUCCCUGACUUUGAGUGCGUAAACAUUUUGUAAAUUUAUUGGACUGGUGCUCUGGUCAUCGAAGACUUUCUGAAGCUUGGGAGUGAUCAGUGUUCUGCUACUUUAUAAGGAAGUAACAGAGGUAUACAUUAUUCUCAUGUUUUCUUUCAUGUGUGUUUCAAGUCAACAUAUUGUACCUAUUUAUUGUAAGUCUGUAUAUUUAUAAACAUUUCAAUAAUAAAUAUUAUGUGCCUGUUAAAA